AUGGCCCAAGAGAUGUUUCACGAAAUAGCAAGGUGCUCCCCCGCACCAAAUGUGGCGAUUAAGAUUGAUAUGGCUAAGGCCUAUGAUAGGGUCCAAUGGAGCUUCCUAACUAAGGUUCUUAGGCGCAUGGGCUUCCCGGAUGCAUGGAUAAGCCUUGUCGAACGAUGUAUAGGCUUAUGCUGGUUCUCAGUUCUCAUUAAUGGCGUUCCCGCUGGGUUCUUCAAAUCAACCCGAGGGUUAAGGCAAGGAGACCCCAUCUCCCUGGCUCUUUUUGUGAUAGCCGUGGAUUACCUAUCUAGGGCACUCGACAAGCUCAUUCUUGGCAAGAAGGAGAUGGUAUUCAUGGCCUCCAGGAAGUGCAUGGAAAUCAGCCACCUGGCUUACGCUGAUGAUAUUAUCAUUUUCACCCAAGCGGUGGCAAUCUUUAAUUGGAGGAUGGUCUCACAACUUCCAUGGCAAUCUUUAAUUGGAGGCUCUUAUCUAACCGGAUCCCUGUUGAUUCGAAACUUCAAUGGCGCAAGAUCGAGCUCGCAUCCAAAUGCAACUGCUACCCCCACCGGCUGA